AUGGAGUGGGUAAAGACAUCAGGGCAGAAUGCAGCCAUGUUCCUCCCAGACUUUGAGAAGGCAUAUGAUAGGGUGGAAUGGGGAUUCAUACUGAUGAUGUUAGAAGCAUUUGGCUUUCCAGGAGAAUUCUGCAAAUGGGUGAUUAUUCUCCUCAAAGAUGCAUUGACCCAAGUGGAAGUUAAUGGUUCCCUUUCGCAGAAUAUCACUCUUAGCAGGUCUAUUAGACAGGGCUGCCCCCUAGGCCUUGCUCUCUUCGUUAUUGCCUCUGAUGCCCUGUACUACAUCCUAAGGGACCUUACCAUCUCCCCUAAAGUACAAGGUGUCAAACUUCUGAAUGGUGAUGAGCUAAUUAAUGCUCAAUUUGUUGAUGACAUGACACUCUUUAUAGAACUCAGUAAACUGAAUAUGGAGGCUUAG